UACUUCCGGCGUGGUCCGGGAGCACCGGACCGCUUGGCUUCCGCGUUCGGGCCUGGCGCUGAGGUGUAGGCGGCGGUGGCGGCGGCUGCGGCGGUGGCGGCGGCGCGGGGUGCGGGCUGCGGGAGUGGGGCUGCCGGCAUGGACGUUUCGGGGCAGGAGACCGACUGGCGUAGCACCGCCUUUCGGCAGAAGCUGGUCAGCCAGAUUGAGGAUGCCAUGAGGAAAGCUGGUGUGGCCCACAGUAAAUCUAGCAAGGAUAUGGAGAGUCAUGUGUUCCUGAAGGCCAAGACCCGGGAUGAAUACCUUUCCCUUGUGGCCCGGCUCAUUAUCCAUUUUCGAGAUAUUCAUAACAAGAAAUCUCAAGCUUCUGUCAGUGACCCCAUGAAUGCACUGCAGAGCCUUACUGGUGGACCUACCCCAGGAGCAGCCGGGAUUGGCAUGCCUCCUCGGGGCCCAGGACAGUCCCUGGGUGGAAUGGGUGGCCUUGGCGCCAUGGGGCAGCCAAUGCCCCUCUCUGGGCAGCCACCUCCUGGGACCUCUGGGAUGGCCCCUCAUGGCAUGGCUGUGGUGUCGACAGCAACUCCACAGACUCAGCUGCAGCUCCAGGCAUUGCAGCAGCAGCAGCAGCAGCAGCAACAACAACAACAGUUCCAGCAGCAGCAGGCAGCAUUGCAGCAGCAACAACAGCAGCAACAACAACAGCAGCAGCAGCAGUUCCAAGCACAGCAGAGUGCCAUGCAGCAGCAGUUUCAAGCAGUGGUACAACAACAGCAACUCCAGCAGCAGCAGCAGCAACACCUGAUUAAGUUGCAUCACCAAAACCAGCAGCAGAUACAGCAGCAACAGCAGCAGCUACAACGGAUGGCACAGUUGCAGCUGCAACAGCAGCAACAACAGGCUUUACAGACCCAGCCACCAAUACAACAGCCACCAAUGCAGCAGCCACAGCCUCCCCCUUCCCAGGCCCUGCCCCAGCAGCUGCCACAGAUGCAUCAUUCACAGCAUCACCAGCCACCGGCUCAGGCCCAGCAGCCCCCAGUUGCUCAGAACCAACCACCACAACUUCCACCACAGUCACAAAGCCAGCCUUUGGUAUCACAAGCACAAGCCCUCCCUGGACCAAUGUUGUAUGCUGCCCAGCAGCCACAGCAGCUGAAAUUUGUCCGUGCUCCGAUGGUGGUCCAGCAGCCGCAAGUGCAGCCUCAGGUUCAGCAAGUGCAGCCCCAGGUGCAGCAGCAGGCGGCAGUGCAGACAGCACAGGCUGCCCAGAUGGUAGCUCCCGGCGUCCAGAUGAUUGCUGAAGCCUUGGCCCAAGGCGGGAUGCACAUAAGAGCCCGGUUCCCACCCACCUCCACCAUGUCUGCUGGCCUGGCAAGCUCCAUCUCUUUGGGCGGACAGCCCACAGCACAGGUCAGCCAGAGCAGCCUCACCAUGCUGUCCUCACCAUCACCUGGCCAGCAGGUGCAGACCCCACAGUCAAUGCCCCCUCCUCCGCAGCCAUCCCCACAGCCUGGCUCACAGCCCAACUCCAAUGUCAGCUCCGGCCCUGUCCCAUCCCCCAGCAGCUUCCUGCCUAGCCCCUCACCGCAGCCCUCCCAGAGCCCAGUGACAGCACGUACCCCACAGAACUUCAGCGUUCCCUCCCCUGGACCUUUAAACACCCCUGUGAACCCCAGCUCCGUCAUGAGCCCGGCCAGCUCCAGUCAGGCUGAGGAGCAGCAAUACCUGGACAAGCUGAAGCAGCUGUCCAAGUACAUCGAGCCCCUUCGCCGCAUGAUCAACAAGAUUGACAAGAAUGAAGACAGAAAAAAGGACCUAAGUAAGAUGAAGAGCCUGUUGGACAUUCUCACUGACCCCUCUAAGCGGUGUCCCCUGAAGACCCUGCAGAAGUGUGAGAUUGCCCUGGAGAAACUCAAGAACGACAUGGCAGUGCCCACACCCCCACCACCCCCAGUUCUUCCAAUCAAGCAACAGGACCUGUGUCAGCCACUCUUGGAUGCUGUCCUGGCUAACAUCCGCUCACCUGUCUUCAACCAUUCCCUGUACCGCACAUUUGUGCCAGCCAUGACGGCCAUCCAUGGCCCACCCAUUGUGUCUCCCGUGGUGGGCCCCCGGAAGCGCAGGUUUGAGGAGGAUGAGCGACAGAGCAUCCCCAAUGUGCUACAAGGUGAAGUGGCCAGGCUGGACCCCAAGUUCUUAGUGAACUUGGACCCUUCUCAUUGCAGCAACAAUGGCACUGUCCACCUGAUCUGCAAGCUGGAUGACAAGGACCUCCCUAGUGUGCCACCACUGGAGCUCAGUGUGCCUGCCGACUACCCUGCCCAGAGCCCACUGUGGAUUGACCGGCAGUGGCAGUAUGAUGCCAACCCCUUUCUGCAAUCGGUGCACCGGUGCAUGACCUCCAGGCUGCUGCAACUCCCCGACAAGCACUCAGUCACAGCCCUGCUCAACACCUGGGCCCAGAGCAUCCAUCAGGCCUGCCUCUCAGCUGCCUAGCAAACUUGAACUUCAGGACUGGCUGCAGAUUCCACACCGUCUACUGGACAUUUCUAGGUGUUGGCUUCUUAGAGGGCCUGGGUUAGGUUAGCUUUCCUGCUUUUCCCUUCUGUCUUGGGGACCUGCCAGUCAUUUCCUCACAUUUGUGCAGUAUUGGCCAGGUGGCUGUGUGAGGGCCUGGGGGUGUUCCCAAGAAGUUUCUUCAUUGACUUCCUCCAGAAGUCAGGCCCUACACCCCUCAGGCCAUGCUCCCUGCAGCCUCUCUGGACUCCAUGUCCACUUGGCAGCAUGAGAACUCAGGGUCCCAUCUAAGCAUCUCUGUGUUAGAACACAUUGUACUCAUGUCUGGAGAAUGCGGAGGACAUAGGAAACCCUCACUAUCUACACAGUUCUCUAGUCACAGUGUGGGGUUUGGGCUGUGCCACCUGAGGCAUGUGGGACUUCAUAGGAAUGCUCUCACAUCCAGGGCAAAUGCUCCAGUUUGCCUCCAGUUUGGAGAAAAAGCAAGUAAGGCAGUAGCAAGUCUUCUCCCACCUGCUGGACCUUGAUCUCAUGGACCUCCUCGUCAGUGCUGUGAGGAGUAGAGCCAUUUGAGGGGGCCUAUCCCUGGCAUUCCUGCCACUCUUGGAUGAAGUGCUGUGUCACUGCUAUUGAGACAUGAGUGACCAGCCAGGCACUGUUAUUGGGACCCAGCAUCCUCAGAACACCAUAUUCUCUGUACCACCCCCAAGAGUAUGACUUUUCCUUAGAAUGCUGCCAUAUGACACCUCUGUGGGUCACUCGCCAUACUGGGCAGUGGUGAGUCACCCUCUGGUGACCAGAAGUUUCCCCUUUUUUAUACAUGCACUACUCUGUCAUGUGGUUCUUAUAAUAAAUUUAUUAUUCCUGUG